AUGCUGCGUUUAUUCGUUCUUUUGACAGGAGUGUUUGCGAUUCCGGAUUCGUUGUUGUCUAUAGCUCAGAAUUACUUGAGUAAAGGGCCUAGUUUGUUGGCUGAUUAUCAAUCGCAGAAAGCGGGGGAACAACUGGAGGCAUCGGUGAAGCAGACAUUAAGCGACGAGCUAGCAGCUCGUGCAGCGGAGCAGUCCUUGGGAGAGAGCUUGAGUGCAGUGCAACAAAAAUUUGAGGACGUGGAUAAGGCUACGAGCAGUGAGGCAAAGACAUUAGAAACGAAAGAGUUGUCGGAGAAGACCGUAACCGUCAACAGAAUCAAGCAAGUCACAAAGCUCUAUCGAGCAUACCAUGACCUUCUAUUCCCAGAUCGUAAAGACCAACCUGCCGUGAUUGUCGAGAUCGAUGGAGACACAAUGCUAUCAUUCGAAGCCUGGAAACGAAUUGUUAAGUACUCCGCAGAUGCUAAGGCAGGGAAACAGAAUGAAUGUACCAGCAGAGUAUCUGCACUUGAACUUUCUGUGGGCACAGCCGCCGAUAAUGAUAAGAGCCCCAUCGACGUAUUAGCCACUCAAAUUCUCAAUCAACCUGAGGAUAAAAAAGUACAACUUGCACUUCUCAAUGCAUCGUAUUAUCGCAAACUGGAGAAACAGUACAACGCGUAUGCGGACAAGUUGACCCAGGACCUAAAGGCGAAGCAGGAAGCCGCCGAGGCUGAACAGAGUCUGGCGGAGAUGAAGAAGAAGGCAGUGGAGGAAGGCGCUGACUCCUCAGCGGCAGCGACGAGCGAGAGUCGGUGA